AUGGCUUCACAAGAUCAAACGGCCCAGCAGGGCAAGAAGAAGAGCCUUAUCGUCAAUGCCUUUGUCAUGAUGUGUAGUGGUCAUCAAUCUCCAGGACUAUGGAGGCACCCUGAAGAUGAGUCUUGGAGGUUCAAAGACACUGAGCACUGGGUCGAAUUGGCCAAGUUGCUAGAAGACGCCAAGUUUCAUGGCAUCUUUAUCGCUGAUGUGCUGGGAGGAUACGAUGUUUACAAGAAGUCCUUGGAACCUGCUAUCAUCUCCGGAGCUCAAUGGCCUCUUACAGAGCCAUUGGCCGUUAUUCCUGCCAUGGCUGCUGCGACUAAGAAUAUUGGAUUUGGUGCCACUGUUUCUGUUACAUAUGAGCAGCCAUAUCAUCUUGCUCGACGUUUAGGCUGGAACAUUGUCACUGGUUACCUAGACUCAGCCGCUCGCAACCUUGGCCAUCCAGUUCAACUUGCCCACGAUGAACGAUAUGCCCAGGCCGAAGAGUAUAUGGAAGUCAUGUAUAAGCUCUUCAACUCAUCCUGGCGCGACGACGCUGUCAAGCUGGACCGUGAGCGAGGUAUCUACACGGAUCCCGCCCUUGUUCGUCAAAUCGACCAUAACGGUAAAUACUUCAACGUUCCCGGUCCUCACGUCGUGGACCCUAGCCCGCAGCGAACACCCCUCCUUCUUCAAGCAGGGGCCAGUAAGCCAGGUAAAGCCUUUGCAGCACAGCAUGCUGAGGCUAUCUUUACUUCUGCACAUGCACCUGCAGUGUGUAAGAAGAACAUUGCGGAGAUCCGACAGGUUGCGAAGGAGCAGUUUGGCCGAGACCCGAACAACAUCAAGGUUCUCGCUCUUGUCACGCCUAUUCUUGGUAGGACCGAGGAGGAAGCCCGGGCGAAGUAUGAUGAAGCAAAGAAGUAUGCUUCAACUGAAGGUGCUCUGUCACUGUUUGGUGGAUGGACUGGUAUGGACCUGAACCAAUACGGCGAUGACGAAGAACUUCGACAGGUUGAAAGUAACGCUGUUCGAUCAACUGUAGAAGGCUAUGCCAAGUUCUCGCCCGCAAACUCGAAGUGGACGAAGCAUACUGUCGCCGAGCAUGUCAGCCUUGGAGGCAACGGACCGCUAUUCGUCGGUACACCCUCUCAGGUAGCUGAUAGUCUGCAAGUAUGGAUCGACGAGGCAGACGUCGAUGGGUUCAACUUUGGAUAUGUCCUAUUCCCGGGUACCUUCAAAGAUAUCAUCGAGCUACUACUCCCUGAGCUUCGAUCAAGGGGUCUCUUCUGGGACGACUACGCAGUGCCUGGUGGUAGCUACCGAGAGAACUUCUAUGGCCUUCCUGGGCAGAAGUAUCCUCUUGAUGAGCAUGCUGCUUCCAAGUAUAGGUGGGCUGCUGGGGUGCCUGCAAGUGAGCACAAGAUUCCGCAGUAG